UAAUUCAAGACCACCAUCACAUAGAUACACAACAACAAAGAUGGAUUUCUCUAGCUUAUCUUCCGGCGAACAACAAGCCAUGCAAAGGCUGAUUGAACAAAAACAGAUGAAAGACUUCAUGCGAUUAUAUACCGGUUUGGUAGAGAGGUGUUUUGAUAGCUGUUGCAACGAUUUCACAAGCAAGGCAUUGAGUUCGAAAGAACAAACUUGCGUUGAAAACUGUACACAAAAAUGGCUAAAACAUUCUGAACGGGUCGGAGCUAGAUUCCAAGAAGAGAACGCAAAGAUGAUGCAACAGCAACAACAAGGUGGUCGAUUCUAAUCUUGCAUCAAUUCGUAUUGUAUCCAAAACUGCACAGAUUUAACAUUAGCUUGUAUUGAUAUAUUAUUGAUUUUAAUCACAACUUCAUGAUCCUCUGUAUG